UUUCUCUAUUCUCCCAGCUGUCGCGAUUAAAGAGGUGUCUUUGUUUACAUUUUUAAAAAAUGAACUACAAUGCCAAGCGGGUGAUGCGCCAAAGCUCGAUAUGCAUUGGGGGCUCCAACGAGCUGGCUUCGUCGCCGAUAAUGGUUGGACCUGCCCCGCCCUCGGCGCCCAGCACGCCGCAGUUGCAAACCACGGAGGACAUCAAGCCACUUCAUGUGCAGCAGCGCCAGGUGAUCCUGCUGCAGAGUGGCACCAAUCCGCAGAAUCCGUCGCCACAGCAGCAGGUGAACAUGCCAGGACAGAAUGCAGCCGGCGGGGCCAGUGGCAGUAACGCUUCUAACCAACAGAUUCCGGAUGAUGCGCCCGUCUCACUUCUCACGGAGAUUGCGGACAUCAUGCGGAGCUUUGGCGAUAGCGACCAGCCGAGAACGGCCAGCGUCAAGCUGGUGGAGCAAAUCCUGCAGCAGCAGCUGCGAGGCAUCUUCAAUGAGGCCUCCCUGGUGGCCAUGCGGCGCAAGCAGAAUCCUUGCCCCUCGCAGGCGGACUUCGAGUUCCUGAUGCGCAACCAUCCGGUGAAGAUAGCGCGCAUGCGAAAGCAUCUCAAGGAUAUGCGCAUACUCAAGCGGUUUCUCAGCAUCCGCACGGGAAGGCCGCAAGACUUCAUGGACGACUUAGAGCAGCAGGAGGAAGACGAGGAGCUGGCUAUCGAUGUGCACGAGCUGCACGACGAGGAUCGCAUGCGCCGGUUGUUCCGCGCCGAUCGCAUCUCGCAGAUCCUGACAGGGCAACAGUACCUGGAAUUUAACGAGGCGCGCAAGACUUCCUUCUACUGCCGCCACGGCGAGAAGAUCAAGAACAAGUUCCGGCGCUUUCUGGAUCUGCCCGCCGACCUGCGCAUCCCCACGCCCACAAUGAACAUCCUGGCCUAUUUGGCGCACGAGACCAUUGCCGCCAUUGUGGACUAUUCGAUUCUGACGCGUCUGAACUCUGGCAACCGCGUGACCGAGCCCUAUAGCCGAGUCACCUCCGCCGGCGGCAGUCCGGCCAUGAUGCACGUCUGUCCCGAGGUCACCCAGGGUCGCGGCAUGGAGGUGGUCAAGCCCAUCAGUGUCCCGGAGAUCCACGAGGCCAUGCGUCGCUUCCGGCAAAUGAGCAACCGGAAGAUUGGGCGCUAUCGCAACUCGUGCGACAUUGAUUUCCGGCGCAGCUUUCUAGCUAUUUAAGUUAUCACUAACAUUGUGCAAAAAAUAUGAAUGCCCUUGUUGAUAGGAGCUUAUGGCUUUUGUAUUCAUUGGCAAUAUAUAGUAACAUCCAUAGAAUUUUAACCAAAUUGUAGUAUUAGCUUGGCUAGAAGGAAAGAAGUUCCAACCUUAAUUUACUUGACUAUUAAUUUUAUAAAUCUGAUUUUUAUAUAGAUACAUACUUUUGUUUUUAACCCGUAACAUCAAAGCACCCAGUUACCAAUUUAUUAAAUGUUUAUUGUUUUAAACUA